GUGAGGUCAGGGCCGCUCCUGGGACACCCAGAACGCCGGAUCCCGCUGGUGCCGAGCCAUGAGGCCGCUCCUGGGACACCCAGAACGCCGAAUCCCCGCUGCUGCCCAGCCAUGAGGCCGCUCCUGCUCCUGCUCCUGCUCCUGCUGGCCUCGGGUGGCCGCGGCGAUGACACCGUGGCUGCCACCGUGGGCCGGCACACCAUGAGCCGCAUCGCAGAGCUGCUGGCCGGCUCCGAGUGCCGGCAGCUGCAGGCGGAGCUCAACAGCCCCGAGGAGGAGCUGGGGAGCCUGGAGGAACCUCCCGGAGCUGUCCCCGAGGAGAAAAACCUCGGGGGGAACAGCCUCGAGGGGAACAACCUCGAGGGGAACAACCCCAGGAGGAACAACCCCAGGGGGAACAACCUCGAUGGGAACAACCCCGAGGGGAACAACCCCAGGGGGAACAACCUCGAGAUGAACAACCUCCAGGAGAACAACCGGAACAACCCCAAGGGGAACAACCCCAGGGGGAACAACCCCAGGGGGAACAACCCCGAGGGGAACAACCUCCAGGGGAACAACCCCGAGAUGAACAACCUCCAGAAGAACAACCGGAACAACCCCAGGGGGAACAACCCCAGGAGGAACAACCUCGAUGGGAACAACCCCGAGAUGAACAACCUCCAGAAGAACAACUUCCAGGAGAACAACCUCCAGGAGAACAACCUCCAGGAGAACACCCCCAAGGGGAACACCCCCGAGGUGAACCCCCCCGAGGGGAACACCCCAAAAGGGAACACCCCCAAGGUGAACACCCCCGAGGUGAACACCCCCGAGGGGAACCCCCCCGUCCUCCGCCACCGGUUCGGGCGCAGCCCCCGGGGAUGCUCGGAAGCGCUGCGGCUCUGGCUGGUGACAGCAGGAGAAGCGACCACCUGGGACCACCUGGUCCGUGCCCUGCACCACAUCGGCCGCUCCGACAUCGCCCGGGAGCUGGGGAAAAACCUGAACCAAGCCCGGAGCCUGGAGCUGCGGAGGAACGUGGAGGGCUACAGGAGGAGCGUGCAGCACCUGAGCUCGGCGCAGCUGCGGCCGCCGGAGCCCAGGGCCAGGAGGGCUCCGCUGCCCGGGGAGAUGCUCUUCCAGCGGCAGCCGCCCCCCAGCUACAGCCGCGGCCUCCUGGGCUGGCUCCGGCCCGUGCUUCUGGGUGUGUUCGGAGCCUUCCUGAGCUCCGUGCUCCUCACGGGCACCGCCGUCUAUUGCUGCCACUGGAGGAGGAUCCUGAGCGCCUGAGCAAGGGCAGAGCCCGGGGGAUGCCCAGAGGAAAAGCAGAGCCCGGGGGAUGCCCAGAGGAAAAGCGGAGCUCAGUAAAGCCUCGUGGAGGGGUUGGAA